UUUUCUUUCACCAGUUCUUUAAUUUUAAACCAAGUCUGUUGUCGCUGUUUUGAACACGACUAAAGCUGACUACAGAACUGGUGUUGUAUUUAAGGCUUGUGGUGACCCAACUCUCCAUUCACCUCUUCACUUCUAGCACUGUCUCUUUAUCUUUCCUUCUCUAGCUUACAUCCAUUGCCUCAAGGGGGAGAGAGAGCAAAAGCAUGUGGGCAAUUGGAUUGGUUGUUGUAGCAUUGGUUGUGGUGUACUAUAGUCAUUUGAUUAGCAAAUGGAAGAAUCCUAAGAUUGAUGGGGUUCUCCCUCCAGGCUCCAUGGGCUGGCCCCUCAUCGGAGAAACUCUGCAGUUCAUUAUUCCUGGAAGAUCUCUAGACCUCCAUCCAUUCGUCAAGAAAAGGAUGCAAAAGUAUGGACCGAUCUUUAAAACCAGCUUAGUUGGUAGGCCUAUCAUCGUGUCUACUGACUAUGAAAUGAACAAGUACAUCUUGCAACAUGAAGGAACUCUGGUUGAGCUAUGGUAUUUGGAUUCAUUUGCCAAGUUUUUCGCUCUUGAGGGAGAAACCAGGGUGAACGCCAUCGGCAAAGUUCACCGAUACUUGAGAAGCAUAACUUUGAACCACUUCGGCGUUGAGAGCCUGAAGGAAUCAUUGCUUCCUAAAAUAGAAGACAUGCUCCACACCAACUUAGCAAAGUGGGCUACUCAAGGACCUGUUGACGUCAAACAAGUUAUUUCAGUUAUGGUUUUCAAUUUUACCGCGAACAAAAUAUUUGGUUAUGAUGCUGAAAACUCAAGAGAGAAGCUAAGUGAGAAUUACACAAGGAUCUUGAACAGUUUCAUCUCCUUGCCCUUGAAUAUCCCUGGCACUUCCUUCCACCAGUGCAUGCAGGACCGAGAGAAGAUGUUGAAAAUGUUGAAGAAUACGCUGAUGGAGAGGCUCAACGAUCCAUCAAAGCGUCGGGGAGAUUUUCUUGAUCAAACCAUUGAUGAUAUGGAGACAGAGAAGUUCUUGACAGUGGAUUUCAUCCCCCAACUCAUGUUCGGGAUCUUAUUUGCCAGCUUCGAAUCUAUGUCAACCACUCUAACUCUAACAUUCAAGUUUCUUUCAGAGAACCCUCGAGUAGUUGAGGAAUUAGCAGCUGAGCACGACGCAAUUGUGAAGAAAAGAGAAAAUCCAACAUCCCGCCUCACUUGGGAAGAGUACAGAUCAAUGACUUUUACCCAAAUGGUCGUCAAUGAAACACUUAGAAUUUCCAACAUCCCACCUGGUCUGUUCCGAAAGGCAUUGAAAGAUUUCCAGGUCAAAGGAUACACUGUUCCAGCUGGUUGGACAGUAAUGAUUGUUACUCCUGCUAUUCAAUUAAAUCCUGAGACAUUCAAGGAUCCCGUUACAUUCAACCCAUGGCGGUGGAAGGAACUUGACCAAGUUACCAUUUCCAAAAACUUCAUGCCAUUCGGUGGCGGCACAAGGCAAUGCGCCGGGGCGGAGUACAGCAAGCUGGUCUUGUCAACUUUUCUUCAUAUCUUGGUCACCAAAUACAGGUUUACCAAGGUCAAGGGAGGAGACGUAUCUCGCACUCCUAUCAUUUCAUUUGGCGAUGGCAUCCAGAUUAAGUUUACAGCCAAGAACUGAAGUAGUUUUUUCCCCUUACCUAUGGAAGUGCAUGUUCUUAAUAACCUUUUCUUAUACAUGCACUUGCUUAUAAGCAAAUAGAAAAUAAUAAUGAUCCUUCCUCGUCAAUGAAAGAGUCUCAAACCUCACACCGUGAGGAGGACGAAGUUAACCUUUUUUAUGUAGAAUAUUACAUGAACUUUCUUGUAUAAGCAGAAAGUGUUCAAGAACUGCAAUAAAGAAUCUCUUUCCCAU